UUAAGUGUAAGUUAUCAGUCAGUGAAAAUCACGGUUAUCAGUGUUUAUGGCGCAGUACAGACUUACUGGUCACCGGUGAGGCUCAGGUCCGUCUGUGCGAUGGUUAUGACGGUCUGAACGAUUGACGCAGACAUUUAACCUGGUUUAUUUUUCCCUCCCUCGACGGAGAGAAAACCUCACUGCGGUCAAACGAACGAACGAACGAACGACGAAGACGAAGUUAAGCAUCUCUGUGUUUCCUUUCACCGCGACCUACGCUUUUUGUGUUCAUGUAAUGGCUUCCGACUUGUGAUAUCAAUCUCUGCAACAGUCUACCUAUACUGCAGGAGGCAACUUUAAGGAGGCUGUAGGGGGGGUAAUUUACAUUUGCAACAUUUCAGAGACUGACAAGUGGAGGAAAGCAUCAUCCUGAGGAACUAUGGAGCUGUCACUGGCUCACCCAGCUAUCAAAGCCUUCAUGUGUGGCUCCCUCAGUGGGACCUGCUCCACGCUGCUUUUCCAGCCCCUCGACCUGGUCAAGACUCGUCUGCAGACGCUGCAGAGCGGCAUGCAGCCCGGUUCAGGCAGAGUGGGGAUGGUGACGGUGCUCCUGAGCGUGGUGCGGACAGAGAGGCUGCUGGGACUGUGGAAAGGAGUUUCACCGUCCUUUGUUCGGACCAUCCCAGGUGUGGGGAUCUACUUCAGCACCUACUACUCUCUGAAGCAGCACUUCUUCCAGGACGGCAGCCCCGGGGCCUUGGAGGCCGUGGUGCUGGGAGGCGGGGCCCGGUCGGUGGCGGGGGUGUUCAUGCUGCCGGUCACUGUCAUCAAGACACGCUUUGAAUGUGGCAGGUACAGUUACAGGAGCGUGGUCGGGGCUCUGCGCAGCGUGUGUCGGACUGAGGGUCCCGCUGCUCUGUUCUCCGGCCUGAUGGCCACUCUCCUCAGAGACGUUCCCUUCUCUGGCAUCUACGUCAUGUUCUACAGCCAGACCAAGGCCUCACUGCCAAAAGAAAUCAGCACGUCUCCUUCGGCGCCCCUGGCGAACUUCAGCUGUGGGCUCCUGGCGGGUGUGUUGGCCUCUAUGGUCACUCAGCCUGCUGAUGUGGUCAAAACACACGUCCAAGUGAAUCCACAGCUGAGGACGGCAGAGGCCAUCAGAUACAUCUAUAUGGAACACGGCGUCCGGGGCUUCUUCAGAGGGGCCGUUCCACGAUCACUAAGGAGGACCAUGAUGGCCGCCAUGGCGUGGACAGUGUAUGAGCAGAUGAUGGCCCACAUCGGGCUCAAGUCCUGAAGGGGAAUGUUGAUGGGAGGCUUUGUGAAAGAAAGACAGAAAGAAAGAAAAAGAAGAGAUUAAAGUCAAGUCACUGAGAGAAGACUGUAAUGUGUGAAGAUGAAGGAACAGCUUCAGUGGACUGGGGAGCAAAGAGAGUGAGAGUGAGUGACGAGCACAUUACAAAGGAGAUGUGGAGAGUUUGCAUAUGUCAAAUGUUUUUUCUGGAUUCUGGCUGAAGUUCAAGAAUCCUGCCUUUGAUACGUACGAAUAUUUUUGAGAAUAAUGUUGAUGUGCUGUGAUGUUCUAUAUUGCACUACAAGUUGUACAGAAGUUUUGAUCCUAAUGAGUAUUUGGACUGAGACUUUCCUUGUUUUAGAAAUGUGGUGGGACUUCCUUUGUCUGUGAAAUCACAUGGAACAUAUCCAUGUGACUGCAGUGAUCAGCUCGGACUUCUCAUGGCACAGUUUAAAAUCUGGACUGGCUCUUAAAUGCCUUUACAAUAACACAGUGUUAUUUAUAUUCUGAUAUUUUUUGUAUUUUUUGCCAAAUGAAAUGAUAUGUGCUUGUAAUAUUUACUCAGUACAUUCAUCUGCCUUAAAAUGAAAUGAUUUUUGAUAUUUUUCAAAGUGUGUGUUAAUGGAAAUGUAUUUACCACUGUAAAAGUAUUCUACCUUUUGAAGGAUGUUUAAUAAAAUUA